AUGGACAGGAAGGAGACAGACAGGACACAGGAGAGACAGAUGAAGACAUCAGGACAGAGAGUGGCAGACAGACCAGGAAGGACAGGAAUAGAAGACAGACAGAGUGAGGGAGAAGGACAGGAACGAAGAGGAAGAAAGAGAAGGAAAUGGACACACAGAGGAAUGGAGAAGGACAGUGGACAGAAGGGAGGAAGACAGGACAGUGGAAGAGACAGGAACAGAGAGAAAGAGAGGACAGAACAGACGGAGACAGAGAAGGACAAGACAGGAAGGAUCAGACAGAGAGAAGGAGACAGGAAGGAGAGACACAGGGACAGGAAGGACAGGAGGAGGAGGACAGUGACAGAAAGAGACAAGACGAAGAAUGAAGAGGACAGGAAGGAGACAGAGACAUGGAAGAAGAGAACAGACAGGAAGAGUGAGAGACAGACAAGAGGAAGAAGAAGACAGAGGAAGAAAGAGACACAGACAGACAGACAGACACAGACAGGAGAGACACAGAAGACAAGAGGACAGGAAGGACAGAGGAAGGACCCCAGGAAUGAGACAGAGAUGGAAGAAAUCAGAGAGACAAGGACAGGAAGGAGAGGACAGACACAGACAGGAAGGACAGAGAAGGACAGACAGAGAAGACAAAAAGAAGGACAGGAAGACAGACUGAGACAGACAAGGAGAAGGACAGGAAGGAAGACAGACAGAGUGUGGAAGAAGGAAGACAAGGAGAGAAGAGGACAAAGGAAGGAAGAACAGAAGACAGAGGAAGAACAGAAGACAGAGGUGGAAGAAGAAGAGACAGAGGAAGAAGAAAAGGAAGGAGACAGGAGAAGAAGAGACAGGAAGAAGGAAAGAAUGAGAAGGAGACAGAGGAAGAAGGACAGGAAGGAAAGACAGAGGAAGAGGAUAGAAGGACAGGGGAAGGAAGAGGAAGCAGACAGAGGAAGAAGAGAAGAAGGAAAGAUAGAGAAGGAAAGGAAGAAUAGACAGGGAAGAAGAGAUAGAGAAGGACAGAGAGGAAGGACAGAGGAGAAAAGAAAGAGGUGGAAGAGAGGGACAGGAAGAAGAAGAGACAGGAAGAUAGGGAGAAGAGGACAGGAAGAAAUAGGUGGAAGGACAGAGGAAGAAGAGAAGGAGAGACAGAGGUGGAAGAAGAGAUGGACAGAGGUGGAGAGAAGAGAAGGAGAGAAGAAUGGAAGGAACAGAGAAAGUGGAUGGAAGAAGGACAGGAAGGAAGACAGAGGUGGAAGGAUAGGAGGAUGA